AUGUCGGCAGACAAAUCACCUUAUCAGAUAGAGCCGUACAAAACAGUCGGUGCACAUCGGGACCUCAUUCAUUGCGUCUCAUUUGAUCCGCACGGUCGUCGGAUGGCCACUUGUGCCAGCGAUAUGACAAUGGCGAUUUGGGAUCGACAACCAGAUGGAAACUGGAGGCGCUCUGCGCAUUGGAAGUGCCAUGGAGGAGCGGUUUGGCGUGUUAUUUGGGCUCAUCCGGAAUUCGGACAGAUUGUUGCGUCGUGCUCAUACGAUAGAACAAUUGUUAUCUGGGAGGAGCAAAUUGUGCGAACCGAGAAAGAUUUGAAGUGCAAGGAAUCCCAAUGGAUCCGACGAACGAUCAUUUCUGACAACCGUUCAGAUGUCACCGAUAUUUGCUUCUCACCACGCCAUCUCGGGCUCUCGCUCGCUUCGUGCAACGUUCUAGGGGCUGUGAGAAUCUACGAGGCUCCAGAUGUCGUCGACGCCUCCAGAUGGAAUCUUAUUCACGAAUUACAAGCAUUCCAUACCCGUUGUGGAUGUGUCACCUGGUCUCUAUCCCGUAUGCACCGCCCACUGAUUGCAGUGGGAUCUGACGAGAAGAAGGCAGGAGGAAAGGAACGAGUUGUGAUCUACGAGAACAUUGAUGGAUUGAGAAAAUGGCAAAGGAUCCAUUCGUUGGUUUUCGACAUGCCUUGCCCGAUCACAGACCUGAAGUUCUCCCCAAUCUCUAUGGUUGACAGUCAUCAACUUGCAAUUGCCUCUGGCGACGUUCACGUCUUCAAUAUCAAAGUGCCACGUACAGCGAUUCUUGAAGAGGAUGGAGUCGAUAAUCCGAUUCACCUGGCAGACUACAGUUUCCAGCGAGUAGCUCUUCUGGGAGAUCAAAGGAAGGCGUGGCGGAUUCGGUACAAUUUGAUUGGAUCUGUGAUCACCUCGACCAGCUUGGACGGGACGUUGAGGUCUUGGAAAUCACUAUUCGUCAACCAAUGGGUGAAACUGAGCGAGAUGAAUGUGGACGACUACGUUCCGACGGCCGAUGAAGUCCAUAAGAUUGUCGAGGCGAAAACCACCGAACGUCUUCCAUCUCAACUUGAUAAAGUCUAUUUUUGA